GUGGCGCUCAACAUUCUACAGAUUCAACAAUGAGCCACAUCACCGUCGGAGUCCUUGCGUUGCAAGGCGCAUUCUACGAGCAUGUCCAGUUGCUGAAACAGGCUGCCGCCACGGCAGCGGCCGAUGACAAUGUUUCCAAGGCGCAAUGGGAAUUCAUCGAAGUCCGCACCCCGCAGGAGUUGGCCCGGUGCGAGGCGCUCGUUCUGCCUGGAGGCGAAAGCACCACAAUGUCCCUCGUCGCCGCCAGAUCCAAUCUUCUGGAGCCGCUGCGGGACUUCGUCAAAGUCCAUCGGAGACCAACCUGGGGAACCUGCGCCGGCUUGAUCCUGCUCGCCGAGUCCGCGAACCGAACGAAGAAAGGGGGCCAGGAAUUGAUCGGUGGCCUCGACGUGCGCGUGAACAGAAACCAUUUCGGCCGACAGACAGAAAGCUUCCAGGCGCCACUGGACCUGCCCUUCUUGGGGGCUGACGAGCCCGCUUUUCCAGCCGUAUUCAUCCGCGCUCCAGUGGUUGAGAAGCUUCUGCCACACCAGGAGGGUAUCCAAGUGGGUGAGGCCAAGCUAGAUGACACUGUCGUUGCACCUUCGCGACACGCGGAGAGCGAGGCCGCCCUGGCCGCAAUGGAGGAUCAUGUGCAGGUGCUGGCCACCUUGCCUGGAGAAGCUGCCAAGAUAGCCUGCGAAGGGACGCAGACUAAUCCCGAUAAGGAGUCGGGUGACAUUAUUGCUGUCAAGCAAGGCAAUGUCUUUGGAACAAGUUUCCACCCAGAGUUGACGGCUGAUGCCAGAAUCCACCUGUGGUGGUUGCGCCAGGUCGAAGAGUCGGUCAGAAGGAGAAACGCAAAGCACUGAUGAGAUGUUCUGCAUGAAUGGACUGCCAUUGAGCAUCGUUCGCGCCGCCGCAUUGGGUAUCGGUUUGAAAAAUUCUGUUGAUAUGCCCAUCUUUACAGCAAGCGAUAGAAAUAGAUUGUACAUAAACGC